AUGGCUGCUGAGUGCUUCUGGUCAGACAGCCUUCCUCUGGUCGCGGCGACUUUGCAGUAUGGCCGGACCUUACCAGAGAAGUAUGAGCAUUACGAAAGCAACACGCAACAUCACAAGCUCAUGCUACUGACGACAACGGUGCCAGGUGUCCAUGCAUAUUAUGCUGAAGCCGGAAUGGGGAAGUCUACCGUUGCAGCAGCGGUACUUCAAGACCUGCAAAGCCAGGCUGUUCCUGUUCCAGCAGCUUCUGUAACCUUUGAAGCGAGUGGGAGCCUGAAGUUGCAGGACAGACAAGCUGUCUGA